AUGCUGCAUAGAGGACUCCAAGCCUUGCGCCGGCCAGGGCGAGGCGUGACCCUGGGCCGAGCAUGGUGGGCAUCGUCCAGGUCGGCCGGCAGCCUCCGGGAUCGACUGCUUCCCAAGCUGCCCAAAGGCUACUGGCUGCCCACCAUUGCUGUGGGCUGCUUCACGAUUGUGUCCUCCGGCGCCCUCUUUGACCUGGCGAUCCGAUGGAUCUCCAGGAGAGAAGAGGACUCCGACGAGUGGACGGAGGACUGGGACGAGCAGCUCUUGGACGACGCCGGAUUCCCCGAAGACAUCGCGGCUGCGCUGGCUGCUGGCCGGGGACUCCGACAAAGCCACGAUCAUGUGGGCACCCGCCAUGUCUUCUUCAUCCGGCACGCGCAGCCUGGAGACGGCGAGCCACUGACCCCACUAGGCAGACGCCAGGCCGAAGCCACUGCUCAGAGGCUUCAAAGCCAGAUUGCCAACUGCAAGCGCAAGGUGAUUUUCCACUCGCCCGCCCCGGAGGCCAAAGCCACCGCCGACAUCAUCCAAAAGACCCUCGGCAAGGUUCGGACCAAAGAGUCCCCGCUGCUGGCCGAAGGCAUCCCGGUGGUUCCCAGCCCGGCGCCGGAGCAGCUGCAGGAGAUUCCUCACGAGGUCCUCGCGAGCGACGGGGCCCGUGCUGAAGGGGCGCUGCGAACUCACGUGUGGCGGCCUGCUGGUGGUCCGGAUGCGAGUGCCGAGGUUGUCAUCGGCCACGGAAAUCUCAUACGGUACCUUGUGUGCCGAGCGCUUCAGCUGAGCCCCUUGGUGUGGUCCCGCUUCGCCGCGGGGCAUUCGACGAUCUCCUGGAUCGAGAUCCGUAGCGACGGGGCGGUGCUGCUGCGCGAGUUCGGCAGCGCUGGGCAUCUGUCGCAGGAGCUGCAGUCCUACAGGUGA